CAACAUUGCGUCAUUGUUAUUGUGCUGGCUGGUGCUCCAGCUACUUACUUUGAGAUUUCGCCAUCAUUUCGCUUUCACGCAUGCCUCUAUAACUGCGUUAACGAGUGGACCCGCAAUAUCAUAUCAGUAAAAUGUCGCAGCAAAAGGAAAUUUCAUCGGAGGAGAGUUUACAAGGUUCCUGGGUUGAGCUGCAUUUCAGUGGCAAUGUCUCUCAAAGUACUAGCCAUCAUGAAAGCCAGGAGCAAAUCCCCACGUCCAUCCAGCAGGGUGACAUGGAGAAAAUGCUGCUGGAUGCACAGCAUGAAUCGGGCAAAAACAGCUCCAGAGGAAGCUCUCACUGCAACAGUCCACUCAGAGCCCUGACCCCCCUUCUUCUGUGGAGAGGCUCCGAGGCAAACAGCUCACAGUCAGAUGAAGACUUUCAAGAAAGAAAACGGGAAGUCGAAAACAUGAUGAAGAAAAAUGCUGACUGGAUCUGGGACUGGUCCAGUCGACCUGAAAACAAUCCACCAAAGGAGUUCCUGCUGAAGUACCCUAAGCGCUCGACCUCUCUCAGCAUUAGGAACACCAGCGUCAUGAAGAAGGGAGGCGUUCUCUCUGCUGAUUUUCUGAAGCUUUUCCUUCCUUCAUUAAUCAUUUCUCACAUACUGGCUGUUGGCCUCGGGAUAUAUAUUGGGAAGCGUCUGACCUCCCACAACACCUACUGAGUAGGAUGUUGGUGUGUUUGCGACACCAUGUCACCUCGGCAUGCCUUAAAAUGGGACCUUCGGAUGAUCAAAGGGAGGUGGCCAUGUGACACGGUCAAAAUCAUUUUCAGUGCCCCAUUUAGCUCACAACAGCGAGGACAGUUAGAAUAUUUCAUUGCUGUCUCAUGGCGUUUACUCCUGAACACAACAGCGACCAAUCCUCUGCUCCUUGCUGUGGUCUCUGUUCUGCCCUGGAAAUGACCGUUUUGCUGCUUCCUGCUCCUUAAAUCUUCACGUUAGGGAACGGAUAUAUAUUGUACGAUGUUGCCUUUUUCGUUUUGCAAUGACAAAUCACUUUUGAAUUCAAAUGAUAUACUAUAAUUGUUUUUUUUCGAUCAGCUUUGGAGAAAGGAAGUUUGUGUUAACAUGAUUGCAUCUAUCACUGCUUGCUCCAUUUUUUUUGUUGCAAUUGUGAUUAUAAGAAUUAUUAAGGACUGAUGUGGUCCAUUUUGUUCAUCCGACCUACACAAAAUAAAAGUUGGAAAAUACA